AUGGCGCCCUCAGGUUCGAGCAUCUUCUCCAAGCUGAGGCCCGGCCAUGCGAGGCGCAAUGCUUCGACGCUGGCCUCCCCAGAGCCUGUCCCAGGCCCCGCGGCCUAUCCUUUGCCUUCGCCCGCAUCGCAUAACACCGAUUACUUCCUUUCACCGCGCCUCAACGACAAUGCCAGCCACGCCUCUGCCUCGCCCAUAUCGCCCUUUCCGCCUCAACUCCCGCCAAUUACGCGCGUCGCCUCGAAGCUUGAAACGUCUGCCUCGCCUAAUCGUUCCCCAUACACGGCUAGCCAGCAUUCGCCCAGCACCGGUGGGGGAAGUAGUGGCAGCAAACCUCAGCAUCACGGUAUGCUUUCUCCACCCCAGCGAGCUCAGGACCCCUUGUCGCCAACCCAAGAGCACAAGCUGCUCUCUGUACCGUCCUUCUCGGGAGCCAUGCCUGCACCAGGUCAGGCCAUGUCACAGUCCGAGACCCCGUCGCAUUCUGUCAUAUCCCCCAGCUAUUCUACUUUUUCAAAGUCACAGACAUCGCUACUGAGUGGAAUCAGCGACAAGCUCACGGGCAACUCGCGAACAUCCACACCUACAGGAAUGCCUACCAAGUCAAAAUCCAGAAUGAGCCUGCGCAAUCCCAUGACGCUCCUCAUGCGACGGCGAUCCGGCCAAACACUAGAUCCACUCGCAGACGAGUCGCUCGUUACCCAACGCUCGCCCUCGAACGUCCCGCCCAUGCCUGAUGACUACGACCCCAGGAUUCGUGGAAAGAUUGUUCACGACUUCAAUGCGCCUAGGCUCAACAGGGCAUAUUCCAGCAAUGCAACCGAAGGAGGCGAGGUGCAGCAGGAAAUCAAUCGCGCCAGCCCACCAAAGAUGGACAAGGAGCAUACACCAGUCUUCCACGAACACUUUGACGACGACACCAGCUAUGAGCAGUCGCAAGCCGCUAUACGAGCCGAACAGUUGGUCAACAAGGAUUUCCUCGCCCGGAACUCUGCCCAGCUUGCACCACCUAGACGAUCCCCCCCUCCCCCACCACAGCCCAAGAACUCGCCGCCGCCGCCGCCCCCUCAGACAGCACCUCCUCCUCCUCCUCCUCCUCAAUCAUCGCCGCCGCCCCGGCAGUCGAUGCAUACCUUUGACAACGGGCCAUCCAUUCUUUCGCCAGUACAAGAGUCAGAGUCGCCGAUUGAUGUCUCUACUGAUGUCACACCACGAAAGAAAAAGUCUACAAAAACACCGCCGCCCCCCGCACGAUCAAGAGCAACAUCAGUCACAGAUCCCUCGUUUCAACCGGCUGGUCUACCCGCUCACUUCAGCAGUCGAGCCUCCAGAUUCAGUUUCCAGACCUCAGGCGGCACCGACUCUGCGCAAGAGAAGCUCCUCGAGGAACGACACAAAGCGAAAGAGGCGGAGAAGAAGCAGGCGCGGAUAUCCUCCCAUUCUGUCGAAGACGAGUACGAUGACUAUGGCAUGGAUGACUACGACAUGGACGGUGGGUAUGAUGAGGAGAUACCCAUGUUGGGUGAGGAAGAUGAGUUUGGCGGAGGACUAGGAGACCAAACGCUGGAUUCUGGCAUAAACGCUUUCGAUUUCUCCUCUUUGUCCAUACAGUCAGGCAUGAAUAAUCUGCUGAGUCCAUUAAACCCACUUGGACAGAUGCCGACGCCCGUCGACAUGCAUGGGAACCGUAUUGGAUACGCCAUGUCGGAGCAGAUGAUUCAGCAGUUGCAAAUGUCACCCAUGCCCGUCCAAUUUGAUGGACAAAGCGCAGCAAAUAUGCAGACACAUGGUCUAGGUUUGGCAGGCGUAGAUGAACGUAGCAACUCUUCUCCAACCAAAGCGACUGAUGCGCCAGCGAAUACCAUGGCUCCCAACAACCAGCGAAGCCUCAGUAACAUCGAUCUCGACGACGACAUGUACUUUGAUGACGGUCUUAUUGGCGAUCAAGAUGAGAUCGACGCUGCUGAAUUCGAUGAAAGCGUGUUCGACGAUCCGAACGGGCCGCUAUACGAGCGCAAAGUUAAGUUUGCUGAAGGCGAAUCAGCGCCUGCUGUUCAAGCACGUCCUUACGAUCUCGUAAACUCAGAGACUGGAUAUGAUGCGGAUGACGACACAGUUUCCAAGGGUGUGGACAAGUCACAUCCUUCACUUGCGCACAAGACGUCUGUUGCGCAACAGAAUUCAGUGCCCAGUUUCGACAACUUAGCCGCAUACCAUAGUGCUUUGGCGGACGCAGCGACUCGUGCUCAAGCCGAGGGCCGUUUUUCUAGAAAAGCAAGCGUUGAUGCGGGCCAUGUUAGCUCUGAUGCGGACGAGUUACCCUCGCUAAGCAACUCGCGACCCAGCCUGGUCCCUGACGACGGCCGCUUUAGUGUCGACACAAUCAGCUUCCCAAUGGACAAUGAUGUAUACGGUAUGGACUCUAGCUUUGUAGACGACUACGAGUACAGCGACUUUGACUCUGCCUUGGAAGAUGAUCCAAUCAUCGCUGCUGCAAACGCCGAAGCACUGGCCUAUGACGACGAAGGCUUUUACGGGCAAGAAUUUGGUUUUUAUGCUUCCGCAGCUGGCGAGUCACCCAGCGCUUGGGGUGGCGUCUUCGGCCCAUCAGGAAUUGGCCGAACCGUCAGUGGGCGCAACGCCGUGCGUGAACCCAACUUGACGCCUAUUACAGAACGCAGUGAAUACAGCACGCGCAAUUCAUUCAUCAGCCUCAACCAGUUCCGCGACGGGCAACAGCCUAUUACUAGCCCCGGUUUGGCACAUCUCGCUCGUCUCAGUCCGUAUGGUUUCCCCGGGACGGAUGAAGAAGAGCUGAGCCUUGACGCACUUUUGAGGUUACGCAAGGGGGCUUUUGGUGGCAGUGCCAACAGCUUACCCGGUAGCGUGUCUAACAGUCCGCGCACUUCGUCGCCUAUGGGCAUGCAAUUCCUUCCUCGGACCUCAAGUCCUGUUGGCAAUCGCAUGAGAGAACAUCCGUCCAGCUCACAAGAAGGCGAAGAAGACCAAGGAGAAGACGACGAUGGUCUGACGGACGCUGUUAAUGGCGCGUACGAAUCUGACCGCUCGAGCGAACAAGAUUCAGAGGGCGAGGACCGUCCAGAGAGUCCUACACUGACAAGCAGUGACUACAACAGCAUGUCCAGUCCAAUGAACUACACCGUCGGCAAUGAAGCGCCACUUCUACCCCCAAUCUCCGAGUUGUACGCCCAGCACAACCUCAGUCUCGCCAUGUCGCCGACUGGAAUGCCCAUCUCCUCACCCUCGACCGUUUCUCUCCCCAUCUCGCCAUUCCCAAUGCCUCUCCCGUCGCCCUACCUCGCACAACAUCACAACCGGCCACCGAACCCGCCUUCCAUCGAUACCUCGCUCUCAUCGCCUUCCGCACCCACCGUAUCCACGUCAGCAGGCGGACCGCGCCGGCCCUCGAUGGGACUCUCCCCAAUAUCAAACUCCAGCCCCAUCACCCCCAACGGCAGCGGCGGGGGCUGGAACCGUGGACACAGUCGCAAGGGCAGUGCGGCGGAUAGCGUGACAUAUGUACGCGAACACGACGAAGCCGGCGAAGGAAGAUGGGUGCUCGAACGCAGACGCACUGCUGAGAGUGGGGAGCUAGAAUUGAUCGGCAGGCAGAUUGUUGAGGGUGGUAGGAUAUAA